AUGGCUGAAGCCUCGGUCCCAGAGCUGAAGGGAGAUGCCAAAGCCACACCUUGCCCCAGUGUUCUGGAACUGGAGGAGCUCCUGAGGGCAGGGAAGAUUUCUUGCAGCCAUGUGGAUGAAGUUUGGCCCAACCUUUACAUAGGAGAUGCGGCCACGGCAAAUAACCGCUUUGAGUUAUGGAAGCUGGGCAUUACCCACGUGCUGAACGCAGCCCACGGGGGACUCUACUGUCAGGGUGGCCCUGAUUUCUACGGCAGCAGUGUGAGCUACCUGGGGGUACCAGCCCACGACCUCCCCAAUUUCGACAUCAGUGCCUACUUCUCCUCCGCAGCCGACUUCAUCCACCGUGCCCUCAGCACACCUGGGGCCAAGGUCCUGGUGCACUGUGUGGUAGGGGUGAGCCGCUCCGCCACGCUGGUCCUGGCCUAUCUCAUGCUGCACCAUCAGCUGUCCCUGCGCCAGGCCGUGAUUACCGUGAGGCAACACCGGUGGGUCUUCCCCAACCGAGGCUUCCUCCACCAGCUCUGUCAGCUCGACCAGCGGCUGCGGGGCGCAGGCCGGAACUGA